AUGGCGGCGGUGCUGAACUCGGACCGGCUCGAGGUGUCGGUGGACGGGCUGACGCUGAGCCCCAACGCCGAGGUGCCGCCCUGCGAAGCGCGGCCGGCGCAGGGCGAGCCGGCGGCGGGGCGGGUCCGAGCGGGCCCCGGCUCCCCGGGCGCGGCGGAGGCCGGCGGAGAGGCGGCGGAGGAGGCGGCGCUGAGCCUGGAGCGGCGCUGGGGCUUCGCGCUGGAGGAGCUCUACGGGCUGGCGCUGCGCUUCUUCAAAGAAAAAGAUGGCAAAGCUUUUCAUCCAACAUAUGAAGAAAAACUCAAACUUGUGGCACUGCACAAGCAGGUUCUGCUGGGACCUUACAACCCUGACACUUGCCCUGAAGUUGGAUUCUUUGAUGUGCUGGGGAAUGAUAGAAGGAAGGAAUGGGCUGCCCUUGGAAAUAUGUCAAAGCAAAAAGCUAUGACAGAAUUUGUGAAGCUCCUGCAUAGGUGCUGCCACUUGUUCUCAACGUAUGUCACUUCACACAAGAUAGAGAAAGAAGAGCAAGAAAAGAAAAGAAGAGAAGAGGAAGAGCGAAGGCGGCGUGAAGAGGAGGAGCGGGAGCGGUUACAAAAGGAAGAAGAAAAACGUAGGCAAGAAGAGGAGGAGAGACUGAGAAGGGAGGAAGAGGAGAGGAGGAGAAUAGAGGAGGAACGACUUCGGAUGGAACAACAGAAGCAGCAGAUCAUGGCAGCGCUGAACUCGCAGACGGCCGUGCAGUUCCAGCAGUACGCGGCCCAGCAGUAUCCCGGCAACUACGAGCAGCAGCAGAUCCUCAUCCGGCAGCUCCAGGAGCAGCACUACCAGCAGUACAUGCAGCAGCUCUACCAGGUCCAGCUCGCACAGCAGCAGGCAGCCUUACAGAAGCAGCAGGAUGCAGUGGUGGCAGCAACAGGGACACCACUGACUACUGCAUCAAAGGUGAACACCCCUGCCCCGGGGGACACCCCAUCCAUCAAUGGGCAGGCCAGUGCACAUGCUGACAGCCCUGAAAAAGAGUUGGAUCCUGAGGUUUUGGAAGAAGCACUGGAGAAUGGACCAAAAGAUUCUGUCCCAGUGAUCGCUGCCCCAUCCAUGUGGACACGACCCCAGAUAAAAGACUUCAAGGAAAAAAUCCGUCAGGAUGCAGACUCUGUGAUCACAGUGGGCCGAGGAGAAGUGGUUACAGUCAGAGUACCAACUCAUGAAGAGGGGUCUUACCUCUUUUGGGAGUUUGCUACAGACAAUUAUGACAUUGGUUUUGGAGUGUAUUUUGAAUGGACAGACUCCCCUAAUACUGCAGUCAGUGUGCAUGUCAGCGAGUCCAGUGAUGAUGAGGAGGAAGAGGAAGAAAAUACUAGCAGUGAAGAAAAAGCCAAAAAGAAUGCCAACAAGCCUCAGCUAGAUGAAAUAGUGCCUGUGUACAGACGAGACUGUCACGAAGAAGUGUAUGCUGGCAGCCACCAGUACCCAGGGAGAGGAGUUUAUCUUCUUAAAUUUGACAACUCCUACUCUCUAUGGAGGUCAAAAACAGUUUACUACAGAGUUUAUUACACUAGAUAAAGGUGUGGCUGUCUGAG